AUGGCCGCAGCAGAAGCCGAAGUCGCAGAUGCGCUCUACAACCUCCGCCUGAGCAUCAAGGCCAGCGCAACACCCAUCCUGACCACGAGCGCCGAACCCACACCCGCCGAUACCGUCGCGGAUCUCGCCGUCGCAACACAUGUCUCCUUCAAUACUGAUUCGGGCGACCACCGAGUGUUUGCGCUGAGCACGCCGACGCGGUUUGCGCCAGACGGCAAGGCGGUUGACUUGCGCAGCUGCUACUUCGCGUGGCUGAACAAGGACGCCUCCGUCACCGACUACUUCGCCGCUGUCCAGACGCUCAACGAGGAGCUGCCGAGCGGCGCGGGAGGCAGCGUGCAGAAUCUCACCUUUGCGCAGAAGAUUGAGCUCAUCGCUUGGUUGAGUGGAGAGACGGAGAGCAGUGAUAGCAUCGCUGCUAUAGAUGGGGGCGCGCUCAGUGCUGCCGCCGGCGAUGCGGCGGCUAUUGCAGGCGGCAAGGGCGUCCCCGUCGAUGGAGGAAGGGGUGCCAAAGUAGGAUCAGCAGGCAAGAUGGUGGAUGCGCGGUUACUGCAGAUCUACGACGGAGAGAGGAAGAUGGGAGACCACAACAGCGUGUUGAGGGGCUCCAAGAACGUCGACUUCUCGCCUUACCGCAAGAUCGCCAGCACAUUCCUCCGCUCACGCCCCGAUGCCAACAAGCUACCCGCACCCCAGCCCGCCCUUGUUGCCAAUCUCCAGAAACGACCUCAACGCCGUCUACAACCCAUCAUCCUCCUCUCCCCAUCCGCCUCCUCCCUCCUGCGCACCUCGAACGCAAAGACAUUCCUCAGCGACGGUGUCUUUGUCCCACCAAACACCACAGACUCGUCCAGCACAUCCGCCUCCGCGAACAUGAUACAAAUCCAACGUCUCCUCCCGUCCAUCUCCUCACAACCCCUGACUUUCAUCUGCGUCGAUUCCACCGCCAGUUUCAAGCCCACAUACUGGGGCCGUGUGGUCGCCAUCUUUACUACUGGCCAGCUCUGGCAGUUCAAGAGCUACAAAUACACACAGCCCGCAGAGUUGUUUGCAAACUACCCGGGCAUAUUCGUCGGCUGGAGUUCUGAAGAGCCGCCAGAGACGGUGAAGCAAUUGGGCAGGGGUGUGCUACCCGUGGGUGUGGAUAAAUGGACAGGCAGUGAAAAGGGCAGAUGGAGGGACAGAGAGGUUGUGGAGAGGAUCUGGGGCAGGAUUGAAGAGGGCAUGCGAAAGAGUGGCUGGACGAGAGACGGACCGGGACUGGCUGGGCAGCAGGGGCGGUAA